CCUCCUCUCCACAAGCUUUCACUAACUUAACUUCAUCACUGCCUUUGAAUUAGUUGCUUUUUAUUUCUUAAGAAAGAAUGUAUUGUGAGGGUGAUUCUUGGGGCUGCUACUUGCCAAUGAGCUUGAGGAGCAUGGGGUCGGACCCAAUGGAGAGGGUGGUGAAGCUGGCCUCAGAGAGCGCAGUGGUGAUAUUCAGUGUGAGCAGCUGCUGCAUGUGCCAUGCUGCCAAGAGGCUGUUCUGUGGAAUGGGGGUGAACCCAACCGUGUACGAGCUGGACCAAGACCCUAGAGGGAAAGAGAUGGAGAUGGCACUCACCACACUUCUUGGCAACUCACAGACUGUUCCUAUUGUUUUUAUUGGUGGGAAGCUGAUAGGUGCUAUGGACCGGGUCAUGGCUUCCCAUAUUAAUGGAUCCUUGGUACCACUUCUCAAGGAGGCCGGAGCUCUUUGGCUCUAAUUCUGACUAAUAGUAUCAGAUAACUAGAUGCCUAAUCAAAUAAUUAACCAUGUAUUAUGAUCCAAGAUCUUUUAUCAUUUUUGUCAUAUACAUUAGCUAGUUUUUCUAA